AUGCUGCUGAUAGGUGAGCUAGAUGAGUGCAUAGGCUUGAAGGCAGACUUCUCGGUAGAGGACAUUGCAGAUCAUGGUGAUGGCAGUUGUGACGAUUGGGACGUUAUGGUCGUGUUCCUGGGCCACAUUCUGUGUAUAAAGGAAAUGAAUUACCAGGAGAUUGGAAAUCAUACCAGAGUGACUGAAUUCAUUCUUUUGGGACUUUCUAGGCAUCCCAUAUCCCAGAGUGUUGUCUUCUGGACACUGAUGUUUCUUUACACAGUCACUUUGGCAGAAAACAGCCUGGUCAUUUUCCUGGUAGGCAGCAACUCUCAACUACACACCCCAAUGUAUUUUUUUCUUGGUAACCUGUCUUUACUGGAUCUUUUGUUUUCCACCAGUGCUGUACCCUUGAUCACGGUAAACUCAUUGCAGAACUUCUCCACUAUCUCCUACAGCUCCUGUUUUGCCCAGCUUGCUAUCAGAGCCUUCUUGGCACUGGCUGAAUGUUUUCUUCUUGCCCUUAUGGCUUAUGACCGAUUUGUGGCUAUUUCAAAUCCACUGAGGUAUAACCUGGUCAUGUCUUCUCGAGUACGCAUUUUCAUGGCUUUAGUUGCUUGGACGGCAGCUCUCCUUCUCAUUGUUCUGCCCAUUCUACUCUUUCCAAUCAGUUUUUGUGGGCAUAAUGCAAUCAAUCACUUCUCUUGUGAGGUUCAGGCUAUCUUCAAAUUGCUCUGUUCCAAUGCCAUUUCCCUAGAGAUUAUGAUGAUGGCAUGCGCUGUCAUUUCAAUGCCAGUACCUUUAAUUUUCAUUCUUAUCUCUUACCUCUGUAUCCUCAGGGCUAUCUUAAGAAUUCAUCCAACUGAGGCCAGGCUUAAAGCCUUUUCCACAUGUGGCUAUCACUUGAUCGUGGUUGCUAUCUACUUUGGGACACUAAUACACAUUUAUGUGAGACCACAGAGCAAAAGGUCCCUUGAUGGGGACAAAGUUGUCUCAAUAUUUUAUGCAGCAGUGACCCCAAUGCUAUAUCCACUCAUCUAUACCCUGAGGAAUAAGGAUGUGAAAGCUGCUCUCAGGAGAGUAACUUGUGGAGCCAAGUCCUAA